GGCAAUGGAACUUCAGUUAAUAGUUUCAUAAUAGCAUAACAAGGUAGUCAUUAAAACGAUAUGCACAUAUCGGCCAUUAAAAUGAAGUUCUUUAGUCAGCAAUGCUGUCUUAUGGUGAUAUUCUUCGCAUCGUUUGUCACCACAGAACAAAUUUGUCAAAUAUCCGAUGACGAGUUGAAGAAAAUUGACCAAAUAUUAACUCACAUUGAAGAACCAAUCUACGCAGUACAAGACGAUAACACCGAAACCAGUGACAGUGAUGAGUGUGCACAAAUGCUGAACGGGAUCCACUUCCAGUUGAGACGGCUUACUCAGCGAUACAAACUUAUGAACAAGGGCUAUGUAAAAGCCGAGGAGUUCCAGAAAAUGGCAAAGGAUUACGAAGAUCAAUUAACAACUCUGAAUCGGGAAUUGGAACAUCUGAAAGCUGAAGCGAAAAGUGGCUUGAAUCUAAAGAUGGAAGCCCUUAAGAAAAAUAUUAAAGAACUUGAGCAAAAUGUUACGCUGCUUCAUCAAGAUCUAAGAGGAAUUGCGGACGAGUACGGAAAAGUACAAAAAGACCUCUGUUUGACGUACCUUGAAUCGAAUCAAAUUAGUAAAGCCAAGGCAAAGAUUAAGGAUAUCGAUUCCAAAUAUUUGAUGGAGCUUGUGAAGCAAUUUUCAGAAAUUAGUAAGGGAAGAUUUUUGUCGGUUUUAGAUCUCUCAGCAGCUAUUCCCGAUUUGGAUGAUCGAGGUCAGGCAUACAAAACCAUCUUCCAAAUUUUGCAGACACAGCACUUGCUGGAAGGAGAAUCUUCGGUGUUACUGGAAGCCGAAAUUCAAAAACUGAAUGCUACAUUCAAGCCGGAGACAAAAAUUACGGACGAAAGAAAAAAGGAAAUUCAUAAUUUGCUAGAUAUGUUGAGCCGUCAUUCGAGUAAAGCUCUUGAACAGUGGACAAUGAAUUUGAAUAGUUCUGAAAAUAGUUCCAUUAUUAAGAACGCGAUGGACCGAAUGUUUCUGACACAACUGGACAGCUUUGCAAAAUAUAUCACGGCUUACAACUACUACCACAGUACGAGAAAUUUUGUCCAGCUACUCGCGUUGUCCUCGAAUUAUUACAAAAUUGCUGCGUACAAGAGAAUGAUUGAGGAAAAAGUUAAUCAAAGCUUGGCUCUAAUAAUGAUCGACAUGCUUUCCAUGGAGAAAACAGAACUAAAAUAUGAUGCACAUGUUCCAGGAGAAGUUGAACAAUUGUACGACUUUACCUUUGAGUUGUUGCCAGGAAGCUUAAAAAGUAUUCGAUCGUGUCUGAAGAAUUUUAAGAUUUCGAACCAGGAUACCAAUCAGUGCAUUCUUGCCACAGAUGAAAGAGAAGAAGUUAAACAUCCAAAUUUGGAAAAGGUGAUGGGACAUUUGAAGCGAGUUACUCUAAGUAUCAAUAACUGUUCCACGUUCCGUCUGGAGCCGUCAUCUGAUAGAACUUCCCUCAGGAUUGUAACUGCUACAGGGAAUGCAUUGACGAAUGUCAACGCAGCCCUUCGAAAUUCGGAAUGGUUCAGUCGGGUGGGAGCGCCAUACAGCAACAAUAGAGGUAUGCAGCUGGAUAGCAGUCAAGAUUGGAUACUGGAAGCUAACUUUGAAAACAGUUCGAUAAAGAUCGAGUCGGAUUUCAAUGUAUACCAGAUGGGGAGGAAUAUAGACCACCUGGUAGUUCAGCACUUCAAUGAGAGGCCUGAAGUUGCAGUGGCUAGAUAUGGAUUUCUGGGAAUGAGACAUGGUGGAGUAAACGAGAAGCGUGCUGAAUGGAAGUUUGAAUGUGUUUGAUUUGAAUAUAACAAAACCAAAAAACCUUUUAUAAACUAUUUCAAAAUACAAAUGAGGGAAUGUUGGUAAUCAUAAUAUGAAUCGAUAUGAUAAAAAUAAUAAAUGUUCCAUACAACAUGUUACGAAUCUGAUUGGUAAACUAUUUAAAUUGACAACUAAUUU